ACCAUUCUGCCUGACUAAAGGGAAAGACCCCUUUUCAAGAGGUUCUGCAGCAGCUACAAAUUGUCCAGUUUCUUAACUUGCCCUAUUACAUCCAGUAAAAGGGUGGGGGUGGUAUAUGACGCAUUAAUGAGAAUACUGUGAUUGUAUUCCUUAAUCAGAGCACAGCCUGUGAUUAUAACAUAGACAUAGAUAAGCCAGGGCGCUGAGAGGCAACCCUAUGUUGUGGCAAUGCAACCCCGCCUAAAUAGGGAUCAAACAAGUGUUGGCGAGAAGGGGGGAGCCUAGUCUCUUCCACCGUUAGUUAAGGGGGAAAAAACUCUCCCUCAUUUCCAGAGUUAAGGUAUGCAACAAGCACACAGCAGCUCUGCAUGGAGAGGCAGCAGAAGUAGCUCGCUAGGAGCCGGCGCUGAGUGCUGGAGCUGAUAAGGAUCAGCGGCUCCUCCCCCCGUAUAGAGAGAGCGCUGCUGAGAGAGAGAGAGAGAGAGAGAGGUGCUGGCUGCUCGUUCAGCGCUUACACACACACAGCACAAACACGCCGGCUCCGGAGCUCCGGCUCUGCCCGCUUGCUGCAGCCUUGGCUGGGAGCUUCGUGCAACCUACUGCGGACCUCAAGAGACUAGUGGAGCCCAAGCUGCCCGGGGGGCUGGGGAGGGAGGAAAACUUGCGCUCAUUCAUAUUUUUCUGUCAAGCAUUUGGGUGGGUUUGGGGGAAUUUCUUUGCCUCUUUGGCUUAUUCCUUGGACUUGCGAUUGUGGAUGUGACAGCGCGGAGUGUAGAGCAAUGCAGAGCCGGGAGAGAAGCAGGGGAGCCGGCUGGGGGAAAGCAAUGCAGAGCCGGGAGAGAAGCAGGGGAGCCGGCUGGGGGAAAGCAGCUGGGGGCUGCCGAGACCGGCCAAACUCACUGAAGUUAGCAAUGAAGCGGACAGCCACUGCGUGCUUCUUAUGGCUUUUCUUUCAACUUCCCAUACUUGGAUCUUCCACCAAGGUGGCAUACAGGGUGCCGGAAGAGCAGCCACCUAACAUUUUGAUUGGUAGCUUAGCUUCGGACUAUGGCUAUCCUGACUCAAAACACCUGUACAAAUUGGAGUUGGGGCACCCUUACUUGCGUGUGGAUGGUAAGACUGGCGAUAUCUACACAACAGAGACUUCCAUUGAUAGAGAGAGUCUGCGGGAGUGCCAAAACCUUGAACCAGGGGAAAAGUGCUUUUUGGAGUUUGAAGUGUCUAUGACAGACCUAAUGUCUCCAGUUCCCAGACUUCUUGAUGGACAAAUUGAGAUCAUGGACAUAAACGACAACACUCCUAACUUUAAUUCCCCAGUCAUCACUCUGUCCAUUCCGGAAAACACCAAUAUCGGCAUGCUUUUCCCCAUCCCUGCUGCUACAGAUCGGGACUCUGGAGUAAACGGCGUGUCUUCAUAUGAGCUUAUUGUGGGGCCUGAGGCUCAAGACCUUUUUGGGCUGCAAGUGGCUGAGGACCAAGAUGAAAAACAACCUCAGCUCAUUGUAAUGGGAAUGCUAGACCGCGAGCAGAGAGACUCUUAUGACCUCACUAUAAAGGUGCAAGAUGGUGGUACCCCAGCUAGGGCUAGUAGCGCUCUGUUGCGAAUAUCCAUUCUUGAUACAAAUGAUAAUGCUCCAAAGUUUGAGAAAAUGGCUUAUGAGGCAGAGUUGCCUGAGAACAGCCCGAUGGGACACUCUGUGCUCCAGGUGAAAGCCAAUGAUUCUGACCAAGGAGUUAAUGCAGAGAUUGAUUACUCCUUCCACCAAGCCUCAGAUACAGUCCGGCGGCUUCUGCAUUUGGACAGAUCCACAGGUCUGAUAACAGUCCAGGGUCCUAUUGACCGAGAAGAUGUAGGUACUCUGAAAUUCUCGGUGGUUGCAAAGGAUAAAGGAGCCAAUCCCAAGACUGCCCGCACCCAGGUGACAAUUACAAUUCGAGACACAAAUGACAACAAACCAGUGAUAGAAAUCAGAGGAUUUGGCCUUGUUACGCACCAAGGUGGAGUAGCUAACAUUUCCGAAGAUGUUCCAGUGGAGACACCGGUGGCUUUGGUGCAAGUCUCUGAUAUAGAUGAGGGGGUAAAUGCUGCUGUGACUUGUGUGGUGGCUGGAGAUGUCCCAUUCCAACUGAAACAAGUUAGUGAUACAGGCAGCGAUAGCAAGAAAAAAUACUUCCUACAAACCACCACGGCGCUGGACUAUGAAUCUGUGAAAGAGUACACAAUUGAAAUCGUGGCUGUGGACUCGGGCAACCCUCCCCUUUCCAGCACAAACUCUCUUAAGGUGCAAGUGACUGAUGUGAAUGAUAAUGCGCCUGUCUUUAGUCAAAGUUUGAUGGAGGUGGUAUUUCCUGAAAACAAUGAUAUUAAUGAUUUAGUGAUGGAAGUAAGUGCAACUGAUGCAGACAGUGGUCCCAACUCUCAGCUUCAUUACUCAAUUCUACCAGACCCAUCUGCUAGGGGCAUUUUUUCAAUAAACCCAGACUCUGGUCAGAUUCGAGUCAACACGGUAUUGGAUCGGGAACAGAGGGAACAUUAUGAUUUUCAUGUAGUUGCUGUAGAUAAGGGAAUCCCAAGUCUAAAAGGAACAGCCUCUGUUGUCAUCACUGUAUUGGAUCGUAAUGAUAAUGACCCCAAGUUUAUGCUAAAUGGCUACAAUUUCUCGGUAAUGGAGAAUAUGCCACGAUUAAGCCCUGUGGGCAUGGUAACUGUCAUUGAUGCAGAUAAAGGGGAAAAUGCUCAUAUCCACCUUUCUGUGGAACCAGAGAGUGGAGAGUUUGUCAUCCAGAACGGGACAGGCACUAUCCUCUCCAGCAUCUCCUUUGACCGGGAGCAUCAGAGCACCUACACCUUCCGGUUGAAGGCGGUGGACGGAGGGGACCCGCCCCGUUCCUCCUACGUUGGGGUGACCAUAAAUGUCCUUGAUGAAAAUGAUAAUGCCCCAGUGAUUGUUGUUCCAUCUAACAUUUCCUACAAGUAUCUCACCCCUCAAACGCAUCCAGGUACACCGGUCAAUUGGGUGAGAGCAGAAGACAUGGAUACAGGCAUAAAUGCAGAACUCGAUUACAGCAUUGCUAGCGGUAAUCCCUUUGAACUUUUUCAAAUCUCUCAUAAUAAUGGUGAGGUAACCCUGGAAAAAGCGAUAAUAAGAAAGCAUUAUGGCCUUCACCGCCUAGUUGUAAAAGUAACUGAUAAAGGGAAGCCUUCCAGACAUGGCACAGCCUUAGUUCACUUCUAUAUCAAUGAGACAUUGACAAAUCAGACUUUAGUUGAAACUUUACUUGGUCACAGCCAGUUCACCCCAUUAGACAUAGACAUUGCUGGAGACCCAGAGUAUGAGCUAAGCAAGCAACGGAGCAACAUAAUAUUUGGUGUAAUUACUGGUAUUGUUGCAGUAAUUUUAGUCAUUGUGGUAGUUGUUGUGGCACGAUAUUGUCGGCAAAAAGAAGCCAAGAGUGGCUAUCAAGCUGGAAAAAAGGAGACAAAAGACUUGUAUGCUCCAAAGCAGGGCAAUAAAAACAACAAAAUCAAAAACAAAGUCAAGAAGAGCAAGUCUCCAAAGCCACCCAAGCCAGUUGAAGAAGAUGAGGAAACUGGUUUGCAGAAGUCCCUUAAAUUUAACCUGAUGAGUGACUCUGUUGGAGACAGCCCGCGUAUUCACCUUCCUUUGAAUUACCCCCCAGGCAGCCCUGACUUGGGCCGUCACUAUCGUUCAAACUCCCCUCUGCCAUCAAUUCAGCUGCAACCACAGUCCCCAUCUGCCUCCAAGAAGCACCAGGUGGUGCAGGAUCUUCCAGCCACUAACACUUUUGUUGGCACUGGGGACAACAAUUCCACUGGCUCUGAUCAGUACUCGGAUUACAGCUACCGGACCAACACCCAGAAAUACAACCACAAGCAGUUACCUCAUCGCCGAGUGACGUUCUCAACGUCCAAUCAGGCACCUGAUAUUCAAGACCCAUCUCAGCACAGUUACUAUGACAGUGGGCUGGAGGAGUCUGAGACCCCUAGCAGCAAGUCCUCAUCCGGGCCAAGAAUAGGGCCAUUAGCACUACCAGAGGACCAUUACGAGCGUACCACCCCUGAUGGUAGCAUUGGUGAGAUGGAGCAUCCUGAAACUGAUCUCAGACCACUGCCUGAUGUAGCCAUGACAGGAAACUGCACGCGGGAAUGCACAGAAUAUGGACACUCAGAUACAUGCUGGAUGCCUGGCCAGCCUUCCCCCAACCGCAGGCCCAAAAAUGCCCUCAAGCUCUCCACUUUUGUGCCUUACCAAGACAAGGGGAGUCAAGAGCAAAUUGGCAAUGGGAACCCCAGAAUUCCAGAGGAGCGCAUUGGAGGCAACAACAACAGCACCACCAAAAUGGCUAACAUCCAGCUGUUACCGACUUACAGUGCCUUUACAAGUAACAGCCAUGAAUCAUGUACGGACUCCCCAAUGGAGGAAAUCCCACUCACCCAAACCGCUGACUUCCAGCAUGCCACAACUCCUUCCUCUCAAUCUGCCAAGAGGGAAAUAUACCUGUGAGAUUUAUAUGACCUUAUAUUGGCAUGUAUUGGACCGAAGGAGUAUAGAAAAAAAUUGGAUGUUGCCGAUUUUAUCCAGGAACCUAAACCAAGCUGUCUUUUAAAUGAAGGAAAUUGAACAGAAAAGUGAUGACAAAUUAAUGCUUUAUGGUUCAUGCAAAUGCUUUUGGGGUUGAGCCUACAUAACGUGUAGUGGGUUUUUCUGUUUUAUUUUAUUUUUGUAUUUCAAUGUAAAACUCCUAAUCACCCUCAACAUAGACAAUUCAGUGUCAUAAAGGUCAGAACUGGAUUUUGAGAGGGGAAGCACAUUUUUUAAGGAGUAGUUUUUAUAAAGGGAACAUGUGCAUUGGGUUUCUCUGCCCAGAAGAGAAACUGGAAAUGGAAGGAGGACUCAAUAAGCCAUUAUGGUUUGGUAUUUGUGAUUCUGAACAGGGGGGAAUGAUACAUUAUUUUGGUGCUGUCAUGUUUUCUGGUAAAGAGCAAUGAAAAUGCUCAUUGAUACGAAUUCCUGUCUAGCCAUAAUGGCUAAUUCAUAAUUGAAGGCUUUUGUAGCUAUAGAGUCAAUCCUAGAGCGGUUUGGAACCAUUUUGUUCCAUAAACAUUUGCUCACUAGACAAAAUGUCCGCCAUUAACGCACUGCAUGCUACAGAUUUUUCCUUUUGGAAGUAACAAUGAGCCUAUUAUGAUGAGAACUGCAGAGCAACAUUUAUCAUACAUCUUCCAGCAAAUACUCAUUCUGAAAUUCCAGGGGGUUUUAUUAUUUUUCUAAGACACCUUCCAUAUAAUAUAUAUAAUGGGGACCCUACAAGCUCAUGCCAACAUGUAACUGGAUCCCUCUAUUUUUUAUAUUUUGUUCAACAAGGUUUUAUGUUUGAAACAUUGCAUGCUAAUUUAAUUUGAGCAAACAGUAGGUAUGGCAGAUGGGAUGGUUUGAUCACUCCUUCUUGGGUCGGAAACCCUGAAAGCCAGCAAGCAUAGGCACAGGCAUGUUAUUUGGGGUGAUAAUAGCAGCCCUCCUGUGACCUGCAGUGGGAAACAGCUUCCACCAAGUAGCUGAUGUUUGGUUUCCGCUUCAGUAAUGUUGAUCAAAACUACCCAUGAGCUAUAGUAAUUACCACUGUAAACAUAAGCAGUAGCAUAUUGUCACAUCACAAGCCAUAUUACGUGGCACAAAAGGUGAAAAUUAAUAUCUCUGCCUUGAAGGGGAUUCCCAUCUGCUUUCAGAUCAGUUGACUUAAUGCCCAAUUAUGGACUAUCUGUAAGAUGGUUCAGCUCACCUAAGAGGAUUCUCAGAUCACUUCUUCCAGACCAUUUUAUAGUCCCAUGUAAUUUCAACAUCUAGUUAAUUUUUCACUUCAACAAAAAAAGUCAGUAAUAUUUAUAUAUGAUGCCAGUUGCAUCUUCAGUUUCUGUAGCUAGACAGUAGAAAGUUUUUGGGAGAAUCAUUGUGGAGUAAAUACCAAAGGUGCCAUCUGAUCAUGUGGAUGAAUGCUUAGGACAGCCAGAUGGGGACCAAACUAUAACUGCAUAUCCAACGCAUCCAUAACAGGGUAAGCUGCGAGUUUGACCGGCCUUUUCAUGUAGACUUCUGUAAAUACAAUCCCUUUGAAUGAUGAUCAAGUCUGCCUGAUUUCAGCUUUUUAUUGUUGUAAGGAGCAUUUGUUUAUUUAUUGUAGUUUCCGUUCAACUCUGCAAAGUGUUCCACAGCAGCUGGGCCACUUUGGACAACUUUGGGUAGGAUUGCAUGGAGACAGCUGUAGAUGGUGUUCAUGGUUUUUGUCCGUAUUUCCAUUUAAUUUAGUUUGUUCUUUAAGAGAGAAAAAAAAAAAACGCUUGAAAGCCAGAGUAGAAUGUUUAAGUUCCACGUGUACUGUUUGAUCAGACACAGUGCACACACAAGGGUGGGAGUAAUUCUGCCCUUAUUGGAAACCAACUAGAUCAGUGCUGUCUCUGAUUUUCCAUGUCGUGGGUUUCACAUGUUUGGGGGCCAGAUUCUAAUAAAACAGUAGUGUCAUACGAAAAGGUUCUGGGCGCAUAGAUUUUAUAGGUGGCCACAUCUGGUCCCUUGGGCUGGGCCUUGAGUUCAUCAGUCUUGAACUAGUUACCGUUCUUUUUAAGGAUCAAGCAGCAUCCACCUUAACAUUUCAAGACCCAUCCGCAUAUGUUUAAACCCAAUAAAAACACCUUUUAUAAGUUAACCUUUAAUGCACCGUAUGGAAAGGGAAUCAAAAGAUGCAUUGCAUUGCUUAGACCCACAGAAGGCUUGUAUUUAUAAUAGAAAUCAGCACCCUUUGCCUGCCAAAGUCAGGGUCCUGGAUUCAACAAUGGCUGAUGGUAAUGGGUUGCACACUCCUGCCUAACAUAUAACGGGAGCUUGCAAAUUCUGCAUUGACUUGGGCCCCACCAGCACUAAAUUGGCCCUGUGGAUGGGAACUAUCCACAUGGAAGUACUCAUCUUUCCUAGCAACCCUGUCUUUAUUCUCUUCCUUUUAAUUUUACUAUGUCUUUUUUACUUUCCAGUGACUUUAGCCACGGAGAGUCUCAAAAUGUGUAAUGCACUAGUAACACUCCAUUUGUGCAUGGGGCGUGCUUCCUUUCAUAUUAAAUCCUAAUCCGUUAUGGAAUUGCACUAUAAUUCUUGAUACAUCUACAAUUUGUAGUGUUUAGGUUAAUAUAGAAAGUAGUUGCUGAUAUUCAGAGAAAAUACCCUGUGGUUUUUUAAGCAUUGAUUAUGUUAGUCAUUGGAAAUAUAAAUAAUCUUUUAAGGAUAUUUGAUUUUUUUUUUUUAUACAAUCUAGAAAAUGUGUUUUAUAAGAAGGGAUGUGCCCACUCGCACAGAUUUGUUCCUUCUGGAGAAAAGCAGAGUAUCAACACUGGGUACGAGAGAAAUCACAAUUGUGUGCCACAGACAUCACCCAGGGACCUUAAAACCACUGACCUAUUAAGAGCCCAUCCUAAUAGCUACUUUAAAACCUCUUUAGGGUACCAUUAUGCAUAAAUCCGCUGUUGGGUGUUCUUCCAUGUAUGACUAUUGAGACAGAGUGAACAGGACUUUGCAUUUCUUUAUAUUUUCAUUUGCAAUGGUAGAAUGCCUCAUCAGAGCCAAUCAUCUUUCACUCACUAACAAAUUCCGCAUUGCUAUGAAUAAAUGUUCCGUGCAAAUAGCAAGCGAUGUUGUGUUUCUUUGUAUAGACAUACAUGGAAGACGAGUUUGAAUGUAAGCGUAAAAACAAAAUAUCUGGAUAUAGAUCAUCAUCCAUUGAUUUCCAAAAAAUUCACCCUAGCAUAAGGACACCCUGACCCUUAUAUGUAUAUGUGUAUAAGCUGAAAUGUAACAUAAUGAGAAUUUAUUUCCACGCGCACAAGCUGCUCUGACAGGCUAAUAUUCUAUAGACCUAUCUUUUAGUACUUAAUUUUAACCUGCUGCUUCCGUCUUUACUGCACUCCCUCCCACUCCACCCCGGUCUUUCUCUACUCGCAUCAGCUCUAAUGAGGAACAGAAGAUUCUUUAAAACCUUCAGGUCUAAAUCUUUAGUAAAUCGAAGUCCUUAUUACCACAUGCAUUUGACCUUGGUCACUCUUCAACGAGCUUAAUUCUAGCUGCAUUUGGAAUAUGGGUGGGGUUUAUAAUGAUAGAAUGUUAUUUUUAUGUCAAUGUAAAGAAGCCUAAAACAAACUCUUCCUACACAGGGUAUUUUAUUAUGGUACAAAAUGGAAAAAAAACACAAGAAAACAAAAACGAAUGCCUGGGCCACAUUCAGAUGCAUUGAAACAGACUGAUAAGUGCAAGAAACCUCUUCCAAAUAAAACGUAUUAUAUAUAUAUAUAUUUAUCAGGUCGUGCAUGAAUAGGGUAAGCAUAUAUCCUGACACUUGAUCGGAGGGCAUAGCUUGACCAUCUUAAAGCCAUACUUGCUCUGUCUCUCUAGCAACAGUUGGGUUCAUGGCAUUUCCUGCAGUCUCUCACAUUCCUAGAACUUGCCAACUGUGUGGAUGUAGCUAUUUAUAUGUUUCACAUACUGUGAAUAGAUGUAUUAAUAGUUUGUCAUUCUUUAAAAAAAAAAAAACCUAAAAAGCAAAAAAAACCAGAAAAAAAAAAAAAAAAAAGAGGGCAAUGUUCAAAGUACAUAGAAAUAUGUGUAUUUGUUGUAGGCCAGGCUGUUUUUCCACGUACGGUAUUCCAUUUUUUAUUCUAUGCAUGUCAAUACAAUUCUAAGGCAUGGAAUUUUCAACCUUGCUAAAGACAUUAGCAGUCAGGCUUGCCUCUCAAGAAUAGAAUGUCUGGAGCCAAUAUCAGUGCUAUGUGUGUUUUACUGCACUAUAUACAUCAUUAACCUGAUUGGGAAGCACCAUGGGAGGAUGCUAAAUGGAAAGAUUAGCGGCACAGCUCCUGGCACUGAGGGGUGGCUUGUGGAUAAGUGAGCUUCAAAACCUGGGAAUAAUCAGUAACCAGUAUAGUAUAGGAUAGUGCAGUUAAAGGGAGUGUUCAUUAAAAAAAAUGGUGUCAUAUAUUGAGGUAGUCUAAGCAACUUGCCGAAAGGUCUUUAGUUUUUGUCCUUUAAACAAUUCCUAUUAGAUAAAUUGUAGACUUGAGUGAAGUAGAACAAAAUAAAUCUAAAGACCAGUUGGCAAAUGCCUUAAAGUACCAAGUACAGCAUAUUCAAUCUUCAGUCAGAAACCUAGUUCUGUGUAUUCCAACUGCAUAAAAAAAAUUGUAUCCAUGGCUACGUUUUGGAGCUGGGGGCAUUGCAAAGCUUUCUUUGUGAAUGGAGAAAUGUUUGGAAGUCAUUUAUGCAUAUUAUAUUUUCUAUACAGUAGCGUUGGAUGGGACCUGCUAGAAUCAGAGAAAGUUGGGUGUUAUGAUGUACUUCUAGCCAAAAAGUCACAUCGACAGAAUGACAUCAUUGUUUAGCUGUGUGAUGUAACACUAGUGUGGGGCUCUAAUGUUGUUCAUUCAUACAAUUUUUUAAUUGAAAAAGUGAAGAUAGCGCACUUGAGGUGGCACUUCAUCCCUUUCAAAUGGACGCAUAAGAAAUAGGCAUGUCACAUGGCUGCUUAGCAACUGCUUAGAACUCUGUUUUGUACAGUUGCACUGAAUCCAGAACAGUCUUGCAGCAUGCAUGCAAUUGCAUUCCUAACUAGCCAUGUGGAUCUGAGUUUCAUGUGUGUCCAAUUUCUAGGGGAUCAGGUGGCCACAUGGGAAUUUAGACAUUUCUCUUGGCAUAGACCCAUGUGCCAUCAUGGUUCACUUCCCUUGAGUUAUUGCGUGCAAUAGGAGGAACGGUGAGGAAGGAGAGGGCAUUAUACUAAAAUCACUUUAGCUCUACAGGAUUUCUUCUGGAAACGAUAAAUACCAAAGGCGAGACACAUACAAGUGAUGACACACUGUGCCACGGAGUGGCGAAAUUCGGCAGAAAACACAUUUGUGUUUGUGGAACGCAAUUUCAGUCUGCUUCAGAAAAAAAACACAAAAUGGUGUAUUCAAAAUUUGUAAAAAAAAACAAAAGAUUCAAAGCCUGAAACUUUAAGAUUUUUAGUGUUGGUUCACUUUGCCUCUGGAGGUGUCUGCAAUGCAAUGCGUUGGCGACUCGUCCGACCAACGGUAGUGGGGGGGCUAACACAAAGAUUUCAUUUAACUGCUUGUGAUGCUGCCUUGUUUUGUACAGUUUUAUGUACAUGAAAGUGUUGCUUUUUAAUAUAAAUCUUUAAAGAAAUAUAUAUUAAAUCCCUCCCCGACAACAAAAAAAAGAAAAAAAAAAUCUCGAACGGAAUUAUUAUGGCAAAAUAUGUAACUAUUUUUAAGAUGUUAAAUUAAUAUGUAUAAUCAGACGCUAUCAUUGUUUUUUUUCUCGAUUUGUAAGAAAAAUUGUUGUACUUUUCCCCAAGUUCUCCCCCCCCCCCCACCCACCAACACAGUGAACUUUUUUUGCUCUGGGAAGAUUUUUCUACCUUUUUUCUUUCUACCUUCCAUUUUGCUCUAAUGACAGUCACCCCUUUAUAAAUUGCACGGUGCCCGGAGAGGUCUUGUGAGGAACACAAUGUUAAAGACCUUUCUGGAACCUAUGGGAGUUAAUCCUUUUAUGUUAUUAGCCCUAUGAGCACAAUCAUAUUUUUGGUUCUUUCUUUAAUUUUCUGUCUUUUUUUUAUUUUUUUUGGUCUUUAAUUGUUUCAGCAUGGCAAGAAUAAACAAAAUGUGGUCUGUCUUACCAUUUUUAUUUUCCAGAUACAUACAAAUUUUUUCUGUUAUGUUUGCGGAGCUGUCAAAUAAAGAAUUUCAUUGUAAUUAUA